UUUCUUUGAUAGAAAUAUAAGCUACUGCACCAUGGGAAAAGCAUCAGUUUCACUUGGUCCUUCUCUUCAACAUAUUGAGGGAACAGAAACAAAUGAUCAUGUGAAAGAUCCUGCUACCUGUGAUACUGUAUCAUUGGAUUCAACAGCAAGAACCAAGGAUCGUGCAUUGCCUGAUAUCCCACUGCCAGCCACAGUACACAAUUCAACAAGUGAUUCAAACUCAGACUCUGUAGCUGACAACAGCUCUGAGUGCUAUGCAACUGUUGCCAAGGGGAUAGUGAACCCUAACAAAUCAGCAAAUCAACAUAUAGCUACAAAACCAUCAGCCACGAAUGAAGUAACAGUUUCAAUUCCAGCUAUUUGUGAUGAUGCACCUUACUCUACACCCCUGACUCCAGCCAGUGUUGUAACCACCUCAUUAGAAUUCCUUCAACCUUCAUGUUUAAUUGAAGAUUUAAAGAAAUCAGAAUCAGGUGUAAACAACCUUUCUCAUACUCACAGUACGGUUAUUAAAGCUCAACCUGUUCACCACUCAGUGCUUCCAGGACACAUAGAUUUAGAUGAACAAGAAACUGAUGAUUGUUAUGAUAAUCCAGAAGCUACACAUUUACAAAAACGACAGAUUUCCACAAAAGUACCUGUAUGGCCUUACUUUCCUACUUUCAGCUCAUACCAACCACCAUCUGCAUCAGAUCAAUCCAAUGGAGAAACAAUUGAUUCAGAGAACUUCUUGAUAUCCCAAGCUUCUGGUUUACUUUUACCAUUGGAUACCAAUGAAGAAGGGAAUAGGAAUUCCUCUAUAGCACGUCAAGCUGUUGCUGGUCAAAUACCUUCAGUUGAGAUUCCUUACAUGACCCCUCCAUUACAACAAUCACCUCAAGCAGCCAAUGUAGAAAAUGUAAUAGGGGCCACUUUUUCAGGAAGCCAGGACAUACCAUAUAAUGUGAUAAGUGUUCGUGAACCUUUAGCCAAAAUAAGAGAAGAAACAUUGAAACUACAACAGCAGCAAAAAAGAGAAAGUAUCCCUGUUCCUAGAAACCAGUAUAGUGAUGGCCAUUACGUGGUAGUACCUGAUAUGGAAGAAAUGUAUGAAGAGAUUGAUCCUGACUCUGAGAGAUCCUCUUCCUUGUAUGCUUCUAUUGAACCAGGAAGACUUCAGCACCCACCUGCACCUCCAACUGUAGAAAGCCUUAAAUCUGUUGCUCAGGCUCACUCUAGACAAGCUUCAUUGGCCUCUGUAAUAUCCUUUGAAAGCAAUGAGAUGAUGGAAGCAACAGAAGAUGAUACUUUCCAACCUUUUAAAAAUUUGACUAGUCUUUACUCCAUUGUUGAUAAAUCAAAUAAACAGAGACAAACUAUACACCUGGCUGAAGGAGUAAGUUAUCUCUCAAAAUCUAAGGUUGAGCCACAUAGUGUUGAAGACAUGUAUGCCAAAGUCCAUAAGAAGAGGUUUGACUCAUCUCCUUCUGUAGGUGUGGAAGAAAUGAAAAUAAAUGUAAAUUCCUUUGUAGGAAUUAUGCUUGUUCCUUCUAAUCUUGUUAAAAACCCAGCAGUUGUUGUAGACUAUCAACCAGACCCUUGUCCCACUACUUGCCAUCAGGUAGCAAACUCUGCUAUCUUUCCAACAGGUAGUUCUUUUUCUAAAGCUUCUUCAAGAGCUCAGUUGACUGAUCUGAUAAACAAAGCUGAUGAAAAAAUGGAUAGUGAUGUAGGAUAUGAACCACUAAAACACCCCAAUGAUCCAGAUUAUGAAUCGGCAGAAAAACAAAGACACAUUACUAGUGAUCCAGAUUAUGAACCGUUAAAACACCAAAACAAUAUCACUACUGAUCCAAGCUAUGAGUCAAUAAAACAUAUCAAAAGUGCCAAUAAUGAUCCAGGCUAUGAACGAGUAAAAGGAGAUUAUGAUGAUUUGAGAUAUGAGGAAGUUUCUAAAAAAGCUAUUGGAGAAAUACCUGCUAAUGGCUUUUCAAGGGAGCAUAUAGGUAUUACCUUGAAGGUUGUAGCCAAAGAUCAAAAUUUAAAGCAUCAUGGGUAUGAAAGUCUUGAUGAUCUUUGUAAAAAUGAGUCACGUACUGUGGAUUCGUAUUAUGACAAUAAUAGUGAGUUUGAUGAUGGAGACUAUGAACCUAUGAAGCAGAUUGAAAGGCAGGAAGGGAAAUGUGCAGGUCAGAAUCACGAAAAGAUACAUAGGAUUUCAGGAGUUGAAAGCCAUGUAACCAACCCAGAUUAUGAAACUGUUAAAAGUCCUAAUUUUCCUCCUUGGAAGACAACAAACUUCCAUGAACCAUGUUAUGAAGUCGUUCAUGGAGCAGUUAGUAAAAUGAAUGAGCCAGGGCAUGAAUGUCUACAAAAUCAGGUAUCAGAAAAACAACAUAGUGCAUUUGGUCACACAGAAGAGUUUUUUAACUUAGCUGAUUCUAGUAAUAAAAUACAAGACUAACAUUUCCAUACCAAGAAUAUGAAAUGGUGAAACAUGUACAUAUUAAUACUCCAAACUUAAGUGAUGGCAGUGAAGGUAUUUAUGAAACUAUACCAUAUAAAAAAACACUGCCUCAAACAACAAAUCAUUCGUUAAAUGAAGAAAGAAUAAAUGAAACAAUCAGCAGUGGUAGUAGUAGUAGUAGUAGUAGCAAUGUUAACAAAGGAAAAGAUGUUUGAGUAGAAUACAUAAAAUAUUAGCAGUACAAAAAAUUAACAAAAAGCAUUUAAUCAAAAAGAAUGACCGGUCAGAAAAUAGUGAAACUGAAGUUGAUUGGGAGAGAAGAAAACAGACAUCACAAGUAGAACAUUUUUUAACUGUUAAUAAUGAUGUGGAAGUAUUAUAACUCAAGUCAUGAUUGGAGAAUCAGAUUGUACUUUCUUAACGUAAUUGGUGCAGUGACUUGAUACAGAAAAACUACAAGUGAAAUUGAUAGAUUGUUUUGUGUUUCAUCAUAGGAUUAAAUUAAGUAUGACUCUGAAGAGAACAAUAUAUUUGCAUUUUUACAGCUUAUUAAAACUGACAAAGUGAUUAUAGAGUGAGUACGAGUCAAAUAUAGAGAGUCAUAGGUUGGAUUUAUUUAAUAUCACAUGGUUAAGGAUGUGUAUGAAGCAAAGUUUGAUAUUGUGAUAAUUAAUGUAAAACAGGAAAUCUAUUAAAACUUGUGUGUUAAAAAUUUGAUUCCAGUUUUUAUUACUAAAGGAAGAAUCAGAAAUGGAAAAAUCAAAUUUCUGGUUACCAAGAUGAAAUAAAGGCACAUUAAUGCUAAAAAAAUUAUAAGAGUUAGGAACAACCAUUAUAGUUGUUUAACCAUCAUCCCAGGAGCUUUCAGUUUAAUUAUUUAUGUCUAAAGUUAUGAGGUAUAUGUCUAUAUUAUUAUGAGCAUAUUAUUCUCAACUUUUUUAAUGCAAACUGGAAUUUAUUAAUAGAUAUAUAUAUUAGUGUGAAUAAAAUAAUGACCUAUAUCUGUAUGUUCUAAUAAUUAUAUUUACUUUAUGGAAUGUAUAAUUGUUAAGUUUUUUGUUUAUAUGUAUUAUGUUCAAGAUAAUAAUGUUUCAGUAGGAGUAAGCAGACCUUAAAUAUUUGGAUUGUAAUUGCUUUUUGUGUUUUAUUUACAUUAUAUGUGUAUUCAAAGCACAGUUUUUAUGUGUACAAGUUGUCACUGUAUAACAAGUUUUAAAACCCACAAGCUGGUAAUUCUCAAAGUUAGAUAAAAACUCUGGUUUCUAAAUACUAGUUUUGAAAUACACUUCUGAUUAUUUGUUCAUUUGAUAGUGUGUGUACAGUUUGUGUGAAAAUAAAACUGAAGGUAGUUUUUCAAAGUUUAAAUUAAGUUGAGUUCGUCUGAGAGUGUUUCUCAUUAAAAUUUUACAAGUGAGGUAAAGUUAGAAAUUUUCUAUUUGAGUAAGAAACUAGUCUUCUAAGUUAGUUGAACUACUUUUUGUACUGUUAUAUAUUAUCUUAGGUCCUGAGAACUUGUCUGCACAAGUAAGUUAUUGCUUCUUAAAUUUGAAUAUAUUGUUUGCUUUUGUAUUAACUCUCAGGCAUUUCUGCUUAAUUUUUGGUCACAUCGACUUCCUUUAUAGUUUCUAUGUUUGUUAUUAAAACUCAUGUUAUAGUGAAAACAAGAAAAUGAUUUCAUGCUGAAGUACUUGAAUUUAAUUAUUGGAUAAUGAAUCUUAUUUAAUUAUUCUCAAAGUCAUGCAGUGUAACUUGAUGAAAUAUUAGUAGCAUUUUUACCAUGCUUUAUGAAUAGCUAGCUGAAAAGCCUCUCAAGAGUUUUGGUAAAUUAUAUUUUAAUAAUAAUGCUUGUUAAAUCCCAGAUAUAACAUUUCGUUGAGAUAGAAUGUGUCUUGUUUUCUUUUUCCAUGUUUAAACAAAUAUUAGAAGAAAAUAUUAAAUUUGUUAUCCAUCUUG